AUGAAUCCUCCAGCCGGGCCUGGAGGUGCCCCUCGUUUUGGUCGUGGCAGAGGUCGAGGAGCAGGCGGCGGUGCUUUCAGACCAUAUUUUUUCUUCAAACGAAAUGGACGUACAAUUCCUGCCUGUGGACGAGGAACUGGUGGCGUUAGUCGCGGACGUAGUAGAGGUCGUGGCGCCUCUGUUCCGGCUCUACCAUAUAAUAUUCAGAAUCCAAUUAGCAGUAGCUUCUUACGUCCUCACUUCUAUGCUGCUCCAGAUGAUUCCGAACAAAAUAUCACAUCCAUGGCGAUCGAUACGCCAAUGGCAUGUGCCGGUUGGCGCUUAUAUUUCUAUGGAGAAACAUUUAGCGAAACUAGUGAAUUGGCGAAACGUCUGCAAAUCUUGGAAACUCAUUUCAACGGUAAUGCGGCCAAUUACGACCUCUUGAGCAUACAUCAGAAGGGUUAUUUCACGGUUAAUGCCAAUGUUUUGAACCAAGACAAUGAGUUGUUCCAACAAUGGCCAACUAUAAUGGAAGAUAUGUUGUAUAGGCCACGAAAAACGUUAGCAACAUUGGCAUUAGCAAUGCAUUCUGCGGCUACUCUAGUUGCAUUGGAUGCAUCCCUUAGCCAACAGGAAUGUACCAAGAAACAUUAUGUACCCAAAGUGAUAAAACCACGAAAAAUAUAUGCCCGUCCCAUGGGGUUUAUGGAAGAGCGGCCAAUGAAUGUGGUUGGAAAAUUAGAAAUUGAUCAACUGUAUUGUGUACGAGGCAUUGUGGCAUCAAUAGGACCUGUCGAUGCGUCUGUUACAUGGCUAGCAUAUAGGUGUGGUCGAUGUAAACAGGAACAGGCCAUAAAACAAAUUGGACCUUAUAUAAAUCGGCCGUAUUCCUGUAAACGUGAAGGUUGCCUUGCCAAAGCUGGAUUUAUUGAAGUAAGAUCGUCACCAUUCACCCGUAUUACCCCACGACAAAUGAUACGCCUUAGCGAGUCUCGCCUAGAUAUAAGUCCAUCGACUGAAGCGCAAAGCAAUCCCAGUCUAUGUGUUGAAUUACGACAUGAGUUGGUCGACACAAUUUAUUUGGGCCAAGAAAUUGUUGUGACUGGCAUACUGCGAAUACGUCCCUUACAAGAACAAAAUGAAUCUGAUAAGUACUCGGCCUUUUGUAAUCAAAUGGAAGUUUAUAUGAAAGCAACAACCAUUGUCGAUGGGAAGGCAGUUAAAUACAAAUUCUUGGAGGAAGAUAUCGAGGCAAUUACGACUAUUAACAGCGAGAGUAAUACCUUCAAGUUAUUGGUACAUUCAUUAGCUCCGGAAGUGCAUGGCCAUGAAAUUACAAAAGCCGGAGUACUUUUGUCUCUUUUUGGAGGUGCAGGCUCUCAGGAACAUGAUGAAGAGGAAAUCAAUAUCUUGUUGGUUGGGGAUCCUGGUGUUGGAAAAUCCAAUAUUAUCAAUAUGUGUUCCAAAAUAUCACAAAAAGGGUCCAUGAUUCAGGCCAAACGUGGUCCAUUUGCCAAUAGCAAAAAGCUUACAGCUAACGUAAGGGGUCGUACUAACUACAUUAUGGAUUGUGGCGAACUAUUAGCUGCCCGAAGUGGUCACUGUUCUAUUGAUGACAUCGAUCGACUAACCGCCCAAAUGGAAGCUUUUAUGAAUGUUCUUCAGGCGCAAAUGACCAGCUUGACAUUUCCAGCACUAUAUUCAACGUUUUAUACACCAACAUCAGUUAUUGCCACUGCAAAUUCCGUGCGUGGCCAUUAUGAUCAGUCUAAAACGCUAACCGAAAAUAUACGUAUAGCACCACAUUUAUUGUGUGAAUUCCACUUAGUUUUUGUUCUACUGGAUAAACCUAAUAAGGAUAUGGAUACAUCACUGUCGGAGCACAUAAGAGCUGUGCAUGCUGGUGCAAAAAAGAAUACAGCAAUUGCAAAAAAAUUUGAAAUAAAACCUAACAAUACAAUGGAGAUGUCUAUUGACGAUAGUACCAAUGACGGUGAAUAUGAUUUGUCGAAUAAAUUAAAAUUAAACCCGGAAGAGGAAGUGGAUAUGAACUUAUUACCAAUAACACUGAUGAAGAAAUUUAUAGUUUAUUCCCGCCAACAAGUAAAACCUUUGUUCGUGGACGGUGCCUGUGAAGAGUUAAAGAAAUUCUAUUUGGAACUAAGAGAACAGGCUGAGGGUUCCCAGUUUUCUAUAUCUUCAGGUCAUUUAGCUGGUCUAAUACGUCUAUGUCAGGCUCGCGCCCGAAUAGAUUUUUCCAGUGAAGUAACACCGGUACAUGUUCGCGAUGUUGUUUGCAUUGUUAAGCAGAGCAAUAAUGAUUUGGUAUUAGGUGAUUAUAUUGAUACAAAUCCAGCCACGGCGGUAAUGUCAUCAACCACUCCACGGGGCAGCGGGACUCAAGCGAAUGUAAGAAAAUUUCAUCAAAUUCUACAAAUGCGUUCGGGUGCUGUGUCAAGAAGAAUUUUCGAAUUUGAUGAAUUAAAAGAUAUGGCUCGGCGUGUCGGCAUUUCAUGUGGUGUAACCAAUAUUGUGGAUAUUUUAAAUCUGCAAGGUAUUUUAUUGAAGAAAGGACCAAACAUGUAUGAAUUUAUGUGUGAUUAA